AUGGUCAACAAGAUCCUCGCCGCGUUCGUCCUGGCGGACAUCUUGUUUGCAGCUGGCGGCGCCAUCAUGCUCGGAUUUGCCGUUGUUGUCCAGCAGACUUGCUUCAACGUGCCGACGGAAGGGGUGGAGGCAGCCCGGCAUCUCCUAUACAGAGAGUUUCCCUUUAAUGUGGGCAUCGCCAACGCCGUCCUCACCUUUAUAAUCUUCGCCUUCACACUGCCUGGCCUGGCCACUGGCUCGCGCGGCUGGCUCAAGGUCGCGGGCUACCUCGUCGUAUUCAACGCCAUUUUCACCUUGGGCAUUGGUCUAAACCUCUGGACGACGACCCUGAAGAUGCGCGAGCGCUUCAGUGCCAUCUGGGUGGCGCAGGACGCAGAGAUCCAGAGCUUGAUGCAGACAGCUAUCUUCACGGCCGUGUUCGGCAUGGUCGGCCUUGACGCGAUCUUCAUCAUGGCGCUGGCGUGUCUGUUGAAGGACCGCAAGGAACGCGAGCGUUACCGGCACAUUGACGAGAAGAGCGGUGCUCGGAGAGGAGGCUUCUAA